CAGCAGCUUCCGCUGAAGCGUAUCCCGUUUGUUUUCACAUGUAGGGGCCCAAAUCCUUCUUUUUACACUUUUAUAUAAAUGUAUAAAACAUGGUGAUGUGACUUUACUUCAAAUACACCAGUGUUUAUAUUUAUUACACAAGGAGUGUUUAUGAAAGUAGCGGACCCUUCAGAACGAUUCCCCAGAGAUGUGAGCCUUGUGACAGUUAAAGAUGUCUUCUCAGAAAGAGACGAUGCCAGUGCUGCCUUUAUGGGAGCUCUCCAUCCCUCUGCCUGCUGUGCUGAUGAUCACUCUGAGUCUCUACAUGAUCGUCCUGGGGAUCGGGCUGUGGAUCCGAUACUGCCUCAAGAGUGUGGAAAGUGAUGAUGGUUUUCCUCUCUCAAAGGACCGGUGCUCUUCAAAGUGCUGUGACUGCUGUCCGGAGAUUUCCAUAUGUGCGCAGUGUAGAAGUUUAGCGGAAAUGUGUGACUGUCGCCUGCCAACCCUGCGCUCAUGUCGGGCUGUUUCCUGCCCUUCUCCUUCUUGUGCAUGUUGGGACUGCGCCUGCACCUGUCAGCCCCCAGAGUGUGAGUCCUGCAACUGCCUCUGCUUCGAGAUCAGGAUCAAGUGAAGGAUGAAGGUGCACUAUUGCCACAGGGACAUUUCUCUAAAAACGGAAUGCCUAUUGUUGGAGUUUACAGUGGAGAGAUAACAGGAACCCAAGGGAGGAGAGUGACUGGGAAUGACUUGAACCAGAGGCGCUCAUGGUCCGCAUCUUUACCCAGGACUAUUUAUCUUUUUCUUUGCCCUUUUACAUAAAAAUAAAGACUGACAAUGA